GACCAAUCACGUUAGACCACGAUCGCAAUGGCUGUGUGGCAUUGUAGUUUUGUCGUACUAACCCAAAGAUAAGCGAUUAUUCCAUAAUAAGCAACUGAACAUAACUAGUGUUUAUAAAUUUUUAGUAAUAAAUCAUUAACCACUGAAAGUUUAUAAAAAGUUAAAAAUGUUUCCGGCCGGUUUUCUUUUUAUUCUCUUGAAUCUCUAUUCCGAUGUGGGUGGUAGUGAUGUCGACAAGCACUUGGAGAUGGGCCGGAGUUUUUUGAUGAGAGGACAGUUACAGGAUGCUUUGACACAUUGUCAUGCUGCUGUAGAUGGAGAUCCAAAUAAUUAUAGAACAUUCUAUCAAAGAGGAAUCGCGUAUCUCGCGUUAGAAAAACCAAAGUUUGCGUUACAAGACUUUGAUAAAGUUCUGGAGCUAAAGCCAGAUUUUAUUGCUGCCAGGUUUCAACGAGCUAGUGUUCUCUUCAAGCAGGGACAGUUUGAAAAAGCUCGUCAGGAUUAUCAAGUAGUGCUGGAAGUAGAGCCGACAAACGAUGAAGCUCUAAAGUAUUAUUACCUCAUCGAUGAAGUGCGUGAUACAAUAGAUCAUGCGAAAUCCCAAGUAACCAGCGGUCGCUGCUAUGAAGCCGUGGAUUUAAUCACCUCAACAAUAGAAUCGUGUCCUUGGAAUGCUGAGUUACGUGAACUACGUGCUGAGUGUCAUGUGGCUAACAAAGAUUACAUGAACGCCGUAGCUGAUUUUCACUCAGCAACCAAGCUGUUGUCCGAUAACACUGAAGGGUUGUUAAAAUUAUCAAAGUUUCUUUAUCGGCUCGGCCAUGUUAGCGAAUCAUUGAAUGAGAUUCGUAGCUGUUUGAAACGUGAUCCAGAACACAAGGAAUGUUUCAAGUUCUACAAAAAAAUAAAAGACGUAGCUAAAAAUUUCGAAGAAGCUUCGCUGGCUGAAGAGUCACGCGAUCAUCCAAAGUGUGUGAAAACAGCGCUAAAAGCCCUCAAGCUCGAGUCCGAUGUAGAGAACGUUAAAUUGAAAAUUUAUCAAUUACUGUGUAAAUGUAUGCCGCACACAGAUCCUAAUUCGGCUGUCGAAUAUUGUCAGGAAGCUUUGAAGUUACACAAAGAUCAAAAUUCGCUGUGUGAUAGAGCUGAAGCUUACCUUGCUGCUGAGAUGUAUGAUGAUGCCAUAAUAGAUUUAAAACAAGCUCUAGAAAUAGACCCGAACUUCCAACGAGCCAAGGAAUUGCUGCAAACAGCCCAGCAGCGUCAAAAGAUGUCCGAGUCUCGAGAUUAUUACAAAAUCCUGGGAGUUAACCGGAAUGCGCCGAAGAAAGAGAUCAUAAAGGCAUACCGUAAAGCAGCACAGACGUGGCACCCGGAUAAUUUCCAGGAUGGCGAAGAAAAGAAGCGCGCGGAGAAAAAGUUCAUUGACAUUGCUGCCGCUAAAGAAGUGCUGACGGAUCCAGAAAAACGGGCGAAAUUCGACCGCGGAGAAGAUCCUCUGGACCCAGAGUCUGGGAAGCAUCCGUCUAACUUCAAUCCCUUCCAAGAGUUCCACCAGUUCCACGGCUCGCCCUUCCAGUUCAAAUUCCACUUCAACUAAAGCUGAUCCAUCAGACUUGCGAUUCAUGACUCAAUAGUUAUAAAUAGAAACACAUAUGACUAUUUAUAAUUAACGACUAGACACACAGGUUUAUUACGUUAAUUUAUUUGGUUAAUUUUAAAUCAAACCUUUGUGAUAAUUAGUCGGUAAUUAGUAUCUCAAGUUUUAGUACUGAGUGUUGGAGCGGUUUUUAUCAGGAUUUCUGGAUUUUUCGACUUAGUGCGUUCAUUUUUAAAUCAACUAUCAUACUCGUGUAUGUAAAUAUGCGUAUAUAUAGCAUAUAGAUUUUAAUAGUUUAUUAUUAUUAACUAACAAAAUAACAGUCACAACAUUGGUGGUAAUUAUACUGAAAAGAUUGUGAGUAAUACUUUUAACUGCACAAUUUCAAACUCAUUUAAUAAACUGGACGGUCUUUUAUUUAAAAAAAUUUUUUAUUUUUUUACGCCAAAAAAAAAAUUUUUUUUUUUAAAUUCUCAAUUUUUUAAAUAAUGGUGAUUUUAGAGAAUUUAAAAAUUCAUUUUUUUUUUGACGUAAAAAUAAAAAUUUUAUAUGAUGUAUCGUUCGGAAAAUAGAAGCAUUUAAGAGUGAGUUUAAGAAACAAUUAUUGAACUAAUUGCAAUUUGUAAUUACUCAAUUGUCGAUCCUGAUAAAAUUAACUAUAGAAUUUGUAUGAUAAAUGAUAUAAUUGAACUGCUAGUACGUGGUUUAACGAUGUAAAUAUAAUUAUUUUUAGUCAGAAUCUUCCAUGAGGGUUUUGUCGACUGUCGUUUAGGAAUUAUAGAUAUAAAUAAAUAAAUUAAUUUUUAAAAGUAAAUAAAUAUAUAUAUUAUAUAUAAAUAUCGCUUUAUAAUAAUGAUGUAAUUUAAGUGCUGUGCGCGUGUUUGAUGAAUUAUUAAUAAUUGUAUAUAAAUUUUAAAAUGAAUAUUGUACUGCUAUAAAUUUGUUUAAAUAUAUUUGAAUAAUU